AAUCUCCUCAGUAGGUACAUAGUAUAUACAUGUAUGUACCUACUAGGUAGGUUAGGGAUGCACCUCCGAUGUCCUUUCCUAGAUCGAUUUAUUUACUCAGUACUGACCAGCCUCAAGUGCUUGUUAUUCCUACAUAACCUUGGAACUCUUCCCUCUUAAAUGCCAAUUCUAUUCAAUAUCCUAUUAUAUUGUCAUUGAGUGCAUAGUCCUUGAAAACACAUGGAAGUCGCCAAGUAAAUCUUCAACUAAAGCUGCAUAUGUACGUAGGUAUCUAAUUAACAUAUCACGAUAAUUGGCUCUUGACAUAUCAGGACAUCUGUUGAUAGGCUCUUUUGGGAAUUUCUAUUGGCGUUUACUAGACAUAUACCUAACAUUAAACCUACUAGGUCAGGUAGGUAUGUAGGUAGGUACCUGGUAAUUACACGACAUGACAAUUACUAAUGCAAGGUGCUACUGGACUGGCGCAAAUGCGCAGUUGAAUCUCGUCGUUUAUUGAUCUGCGCAUUUGCGAACUUGGGAGGGACUCGAAAGACCUAAAUAGCCUUGUUUGGAUUGACCCAAACUUCUCUCCAAGUUUGCUCAUAUGAAAACUUUCCUUAGUAAUCCGAAAGGGUCAUAUUGCACAUCCAAGUAUAUCAGUAUACUAUGAUAUCAAGCUCGCGCCCCGCUACAAUGUCGGUACGGCGACAGACUUCCAUUUCGAAUUACAGCUACAGUAGAGUGCCACCGGGCUCUCAAGUCCUCCACGAGAAAUGCUUGACGAAGUCGCAUAAAAGAUUUUUAUCCAUCGAAGUUUAUUUAAGAGAGGAUGACGGGAAUACUUUUGCCCUCUUGGCAAGAAAGGAGGCGGACCACAUAUUCAAGAUACAAAACAUAAUCAACGAUGUUACCAACUGUUUAGAUGGAAUUUCUCUCAAACGCAAGUCUUUUGGCUAUCCUAGCGUCUCAUUGAUACAUGAGCUUCCAUGUCCCAGCCUUAUAGAAAGCUCCACGAUUUCCGGGUCUUCAUUAGUCUCUCAAGAUACACCAAUGCCGAAUCACAAGCUCAAUGACCCUGAUUCGGUUGAUCUUGAUGCAUCAACAGAUACAUCAUCUGAGGACGAGGAAGAGGAAGAGGAAGAGGAAUACGAUGAUCCUUUGGAAAGCUUGCACUAUACAAUCAGACAAGUCUUCUCAUACGACACUCAAUUAGCAGAUAAUAUUAUCAAUUACUUACAUAGGCUCCCACCGGACCGCCGGGGUUGGUUUUAUAGAUAUGGUAAAACUCGACACUCGGGUUCCAAUGGAUCUCAAAUCCCGAAUCAGUCAAGUGGAUAUGGUGAAAAUCCAGUCCCACGAAAGCGAAAACGCGGUAGUAGUGAGCAACGGCUCGGCUCGGCUCAGAAAAGAGUCCCUGGAAAUAAGGACGAUGUUACCAAUAACGGUCAGGACGAAGGUGUUCUUGUAGUUCAUCGACCUUCAACACCACCCGUCUGCAAGAGAUUUGCCUGUGGAUACAACAUAUAUGAUAAGGAUAUGUACAGUCCGAGGAACACCAGAGGAAGGACUGCAACACAAUACAAAUCUUGUGCUGGCCCUGGAUUUGAAAGUCUCAAUCACUAUAAACGCCACUUAGAACGUGUUCACCUUCGCCAUCAAUGUCCCCGAUGUGGACAAACUUUCGACAAGCCAGGACAACUCCAGGCCCAUUUAGCGCAAGACCCAAGGUGCGACCAAUUGCCAUUCGAGAAAGUGGGUAGCAUGUCCCUGUCAUCAUGGGACGAUGUGCAAGUAGCCUUGAAGAAACACCGCGGAAAUCAGGUUGAGAUGUCAGAUGCAGACCGAUGGUUCCUUGCUUGGGAUGCUCUAUUUCCAGGAGUAACAAGACCUACAACGCCCUACUAUGAGGAACAGCAUGCGCAUACCCAAGCUUAUCCAGCGGUGUUUUCUCGGAUCGAGGAAAUAUUUGGUGGGCUUCUGAAUCACCAACCACGACUUGCUCCUCUACAAGAUGAACUGAUGGGGAUUUUGAGGGAUGCUAUCAACGCGGCAACCCAAAGCACGCCACUGUUAGAGACAGAGACCAAUGGUCCUAAUACUGCUUUCCAGUCUGAUCAAGAAAUGAGGUUGAUCGAUACACAAAGCUAUCCUCUCGACCAAGAGAGGGCAUUCCACUUUCAAGCCCAUCCCUUAUUAACAAAUAAUAUCCUAGAUCCAGUGGCUUCGACGGAUAAGCCUCGCUCUGAAGAAACUAGGAUAAGGGACAAUAUGGAGCCUGCAGACCAACUCGGAUUUAGUGGUCUUUUCGGGGCUGGUUUUGUUGACCUGAACCUUGAACAUAGCGGAUUAGGUCUUUUCGGGAACGAAGACAACGGCAACGGUGGCUGGUGACUUGUUGAUACCCAAGAGCAGAAACAUGUGUAUUAAUCAUUCUCCGGCUUGCAAUCAAGUGACAUGGAUAGGUUGUACAGUGAAGUAGGUAUGUAUGUGUUGAUCUAUUCUUGUGCAUUGGAUACAUUGAUGUAUAAUGCUCAUCUAUCGAGUCAAGUACUCACUAG